UCAUGCUGCUGCCAAGUCCAGAGUCUCUCAUGGGUCCCUGUACGGCCUCCCAUUGCUGCUGUCUCCAUCGCCACACUCUGCCAUGUGCCACUUUCAGGUCUCCUCACACACUGCUGGUGUGUUCAAUUUUUUGACAUAGGGUGCUGGCAGAUUACGGGCCUCCCAUAGCUGCUGCCAGGCCCCUAAUCUGCCAUGGGCCCCUAUACCGCCUCCUCAUGCUGCUGCUGCCAAGUCCAGAGUCUCUCAUGGGUCCCUGUACGGCCUCCCAUUGCUGCUGUCUCCAUCGCCACACUCUGCCAUGUGCCACUUUCAGGUCUCCUCACACUGCUGGUGUGUUCAAUUUUUUGAC